ACGCAAAAUGAUCGAUAUAUAAAAUAGAACAUUUUAGUACAAAUUGUGCCUCCGUGCCUUGUAGAGAACCAUCAGAGAUAAAAAAAAAAAAACAAUUUAUAUUAUAUUUCUGCAGAGAACUGGCGAUCGCUCUACCGCAGUACAUCAGUUACAUUUCCAGAGCAGAAAUGGGUUUGUUCGUUGCGGUCCUAAAGACACUUAUAAUAUUGUUAAGUGUUGCAUACUCCUAUCAAAAUGGGGCCACGCCAAAGCUUCCUGACAGUAUUAAUACUAUGGACUUGGAAAUCAAUUCCGUACAUAACGGCUACUCGGAUCCCGCCGAAAAUCAGUGGGUAUAUAAAUGUGUGAAUAAUAAAUGCAUACGAACGCAUAACCACGAUCUGAGGAAACUAAACAAGUCGAUGUCGCUUUUAACAUGUUCCAUGACCUGCGGCGAUGUUAAGCUAUGGCCUUAUCCUACCACUGAAACACAAGUAAAAAUGAAGCCGUUGAAGUUCACUUUGGAUGCCUUACUAUUGCGCCUACAUACUCCGUAUAGUAAUGUAAGAACCUAUUUUCGCUCCGUGUUCAAAAUUUUUCUUGAUGAUCUAAAAGGUAUGCAGAGGCAAAAGACUUUCAAGAACUUCGAUCACGAUAAAAUCAAGUCCACAAAGGAUCCUAUUAUUAAGUAUGAUGAAAUCAGUGUAGACUUAAUGCGAAAUUCCACCUGCAAUGAAAGUGACAUUGAUAUUUUUCCGAUUAAUGUCUUCAUAAAUAAAUAUCCUGAUUUGAGCUUAAGUUUGGACACCGACGAAAGCUAUGAAUUACAUACCAUAUUUAAUGCAGGACGCUAUGAGGCAAAUAUAACGGCAAACUCAUUUUUUGGUGCACGUCAUGCUCUAUCAACGUUACAACAGCUUAUGUGGUUUGAUGAGAGAGAAAGUUGGUGGCGCACUCUCUCUAAAAUUGAUAUCGUAGAUGCUCCCCGAUUUCGCUAUAGAGGUCUUAUGCUUGAUACUUCACGUCAUUAUAUCUCGAUAGAUGCAAUAAAGCGUACUAUCGGAGCUAUGUCACAUGCAAAAUUGAAUCGUUUUCAUUGGCAUAUCACUGACUCCCAAAGUUUUCCUUAUGUGUCCAAGCAUUAUCCCGAACUGGCAGAGUAUGGCGCUUAUUCAAGAGAGGAGACGUACACACUUGAUGAUAUACGGGAUGUGACAUCUUUCGCAAAGUUACGCGGUAUUCAGAUAAUAACUGAAAUUGAUGCACCUGCCCAUGCUGGUAACGGUUGGGAUUGGGGUCCUAAAAAAGGACUGGGAGAUCUAAGUCUAUGCAUUAAUCAACAGCCUUGGACAAAGUUUUGUGGUCAACCCCCGUGUGGUCAAUUGAACCCAAAAAACAACAACACUUUUUUGGUGUUACAAAAACUCUACGAAGAACUGCUCGAUGCUACCGAGACUACGGACUAUUUUCAUUUGGGCGGUGAUGAAGUUAAUAUGAACUGUUGGAAACAACAUUUUGAAGAUAGCGAACUGCAAGAUCUUUGGUAUCAAUUCACGCUCGAUGCUGCAGACCGUCUUACGAUAGCCAACAAGAAUAUCACACCAAAAUUUGUCACAGUUUGGUCCAGUGAUCUGACUAAACGUGCUCGACUUCCGCGAAGCCGUUUUGCCGUUCAAGUAUGGACGGGGAAUAAGGACGCUUACGCAUUGCUAAGAACAGGUUAUAAUGUUGUAUUCUCUCAAGUAAGUGCUUGGUAUUUCGAUUGUGGUUUUGGAAGCUAUUUACCUGGUGGGGUAGGCGUCUGCGAUCCCUAUCGCUCGUGGCAAGUUGUAUAUGGACAUCGUCCUUGGGAAAAAUUGCACCCAUACCUGAAACAGAUUCUGGGUGGUGAAGCAUGUCUAUGGACCGAGCAAGUUAGCGAAUGGCAGUUGGACACUCGGUUUUGGCCGCGAGCUGCCGCACUUGGGGAAAGAUUAUGGUCAGAUCCCAAGCAAAAGAUUCGCGAUGUUUUUAAGCGUAUGUCAAUAUUUCGUAAUCGUUUAGUUGACCUCGGCAUUAAAGCAGAAGCAAUAUUUCCUCAAUAUUGUGCUGAAAAUCCUGGUGAAUGCGAUUAAGCUUACGGCCUCGAACUUAUAUAAGCUUCAAUAAAUAAGUAAAUAAAAUAAAAUUAUCUUAACUGCGAAAUGUAACGAUAAUUAAA